AUGGAAGCACACAACAGCAAUGCUUCAGACGCCGAGUCUGAAUCCACUCAAGUGAAUCGGCCUUCAACCUCAACUUCCCGCCAUGAACUUGUCGCAACCACCCAAUUGCAAGCAAAUACUGGCAACAUCAUGAGCUCCAUAAGUCCCCCUCAAGCACCUGGUGUCUACACAGGAGGCCCCUUGCAACCAUUCCCCAACCCACAAAGAUUCUAUUCUCCUGGCGUGUCUCGACAACAAUCUCGUCAGCAAUCUGUCCCUCGACAAAUGCGCCCGAUGUCUCAACCUCCACAAAGCUUUCGCACCUCGCAACCUCCAAAGCGUCCAUUCCAACAGGAUAAGGACGAUGAGGAAAUUUCGGAUGACCAAUCCGAACCUCGUCCAUUCACUGGUAGACAACCCCGUGGUGGCCCUCGCAACCAGGUUGUAGUUAGCAAUCGUGUCGCAAAGCGUAAAAAGACCCCAAAGACCGCUCCUCAAAGAUUGAUCGCCCAUCACGGCAGUCCUUCUGUAGCUAGUGCCUCCUUUGACGACACCGAAGAAGAGAGUUUGAUGGUUGAAGAUGAUGAAAGCUAUCAUGCCCCUGAAGCUCAUAUGGAGGAGAUGGGGGGAGCUGGCAUUGGAGAAGACCCUUUAGCAACCCAACAACUUCCUCUUGCACCCUUCACUUCCGAGGCGUACGAGAAUUUGUAUGAGAACAACGGUGCUGAGGGCUUUGGUCAAUUCACAGCCAACACCUUCCCGAAUUACCCAGGUCUUGAGCGCUUCGAAGGUCCGGGAGACUUGAGAGAGCCCGUCGCUGCUGGUGGAAAUGACGCUCAUCGCUCUCAGCGUGACCUUCAAAACGUGCCGGUUAUGGUUGAGCAAAACGAAGUCACGGAUGCUUACUUGAAGAAGCGUGGUAUUGAGCGACCAGCCAACGGAAAGAAGGUCUGCAAGCGUGGAGCUGGCGCCAGCGAUCCCGAGAACAUUCGAAUUGUCAACCUUCGCGAGUUCGGUGACAUGAACUUUGAACAGAUUAAGAACGUGCUUAACAAGGAGCGCAUCGAGCGUGGCCAAGAUCCAAAGUUGACUACCACUGGUGUUGCUAACCGAUAUGGUCGUACUGCUCCUCUCCUUUUCGCCGGCCAAAAUAUUCCCUUUAUUCCGCUUCAUCAACGUCGUGGAAAGAACAUGGCUGAGGCCAUUAGGAUGCCAAAGGUCAACUGGACCCCGGAUCGGGACAUGAUGUUGGUUAAUGCUGUUGAGAAAUGGGAGAGCACUAAGUGGGACGAGGUUGCGCGUAUCUUCAACGAGGAAAGCGGUUGCAACGCUGAUAAGGCGACUGUAUCAAACCGCUAUGUCAUGAUUUGA